CAGAGCAUUAAUUUUCUAUGGGAAAUGAGUAUUGAGGCAGCACAGCAAUGGCUGUGAAGCACUUAUCCUGAGCGCGCCUCCCUUCCUUUUGCCUCCCUCCCUCACUGUAACCACGGCCGGAGGGGAGGAGGUUUCCACUGUUUUUCUGUGCCAUGGGGAGAGGAGAGCACUGGCAGCAGAAUCAUGUCUGCCUCCGACUCGAGUGCUACAGGACUGAUCAACAAGGGUUCAGCCGAUUCCUACGCUAGUCGACCCUCUGAUUCCGACCUGUCCCUGGAGGAAGACCAGGAGGCGUCUCGGCGUGAAGCCGAGCGCCAGGCUCAGCUUCAGCUGGAAAGAGCCAAGUCCAAGCCGGUAGCAUUUGCAGUGAAAACCAAUGUGAGUUACUGUGGGGCCCUUGAUGAAGAUUGUCCAGUCCAAGGUGCUGCUAUCAACUUUGAAACCAAAGACUUUCUGCACAUAAAAGAGAAAUAUAACAAUGACUGGUGGAUUGGUCGGCUAGUGAAAGAAGGAGCAGACAUUACAUUUAUCCCGAGCCCAGUGAAACUGGAGGCCAUGAGGAUAAAACAAGAACAAAAAGCAGCUGCCAGGAAAGGAGGGAACGCAUCAUCGGGAGGCUGGAGGUCCACCCCUCCAUCUGCAGCCAAACAGAAGCAGAAACAGACGGAACAUGUUCCUCCCUAUGACGUGGUUCCCUCCAUGAGGCCCGUGGUGCUGGUGGGCCCUUCACUGAAAGGCUAUGAAGUGACUGACAUGAUGCAGAAAGCCUUGUUUGACUUCCUAAAGCACAGAUUUGUCGACAGGAUCACUAUUACACGGGUGACCGCUGAUCUGUCCCUGGCAAAGCGCUCGGUGCUGAACAAGAAGGCCAUAAUGGAGAGAUCCAACACUCGCUCUAGUCUGGCUGAAGUCCAGAGUGAGAUAGAGAGGAUCUUUGAGUUGGCAAAGUCUCUUCAGCUGGUCGUCCUAGAUGCAGAUACCAUCAACCAUCCAGCCCAGCUCCUCAAAACAUCUCUGGCUCCCAUCAUCAUCUAUGUUAAAGUGUCAUCACCCAAAGUUCUUCAGAGGCUGAUAAAGUCUCGAGGGAAGUCCCAAAGCAAGCACCUCAAUGUCCAGAUGAUGGCCGGGGACAAGCUGGCUCAGUGUCCUCCUGAGAUGUUUGACGUAAUCCUGGAUGAGAAUCAGCUGGAAGAAGCCUGCGACCACCUCGCGGAGUACCUGGAAAUUUACUGGCGAGCUACACAUCUCCCUUGUUCUGCCCCAGUUAAUCCCUUACAGGACCAAAAUAUGGUCACCCCACCUUCAGCCAACUCCAGCCAGCAGUUUUCAGAGACUCAAGAGUUGAUAGAAUGAUUCCAGCCUCGGAUGCAGGAGCAGCCUGUGCUGUCGGCUGGGGUCAGAACAGUCAGGACAUGGAGAACAGGGACCACCAGGGGGCAGCAGCGUCCCUCCUCUCAUCAAAGCCAGCCAUCACCUUCUCCACAUGUGGAGCAGAGAGAAGAGCUGGGUCCAUGCAAAGGGUGAAAGAGCAGAAGUGUGGUGAGCUGGGAUAGGAGGAGAAAUAUUCCACAUCGGGAGGAAGAUGCACCCAACUGCAGCCUCACUGCUGCCCCAGGGGCCAGACAUCCCUGCUCCCAACGUCAACUGAUAACUCAGGGCCACUUUCUGCCACUGCAAAAGCACCGGUUUACAGAAACCGGGGAAACAGCGCAGUCACUGUUCAUCUCCUUACCAACAACCCUCCCAUGUAAUACUUUCUCCAAUCCAGACGGGUGAAAAGAAACAAAAAAUCCUAAUAUCCAUGAAAGAUGAGCCAGCCCAUGAGUGUCUGUAGCUGUCUGAAGCACACAAAGGCUGAUUCAUUUCUCACUGGAGAUGCAUCACACAUCUAAGGGGCUGAGGUAUAUUAGUCCAUAAUACCACUGGCACAGAAAAGCUGUUAGCACAUCACCAGGUUUCCAGUGCAGGGCUCUUAAGGUUUAAUGUCUGAUUCACCUUGCUUCCUUGCGGGUGCAAGGAGUGACAGAAAAUCUAUUAUGUAUGUCUUCCAUGUCCGCAGCUUUAAGUGAGCUGCCAUUUUAAAUGUUUAACUGAAAUGCUUCCUUAAAAGUACAUUUGCUCCUGUCAGUCAUAGCAGUAUCACUUUUGCAUGGAAACACAUGGGAAAAAUUGCAAUUUUGUCUUUCUUUAUCCCCUUACUUUCCACUCCUGGUUUAUUCAGUAUUCUUCUUUUUGUCUGCUCUUGUACUAAAACAGUAUAUACAACUAUCUGUUUCUCAUAUAUUUGCUCUCAGUGUACCAAAUGCAUAUCUCUACAUGUAGCUUUUAUGCAAAUAAUGUAUAACAAACACUGACAGCACACAUUUUCUACGUCUUUGCCACUGCUGGCGAAUGUAAGUAAAAUCUGGUGUGUGAGGAAAGAGUCCUUAUGGUAAAAUGUGCAGACAGUUGAAGUCAAAUUCAUUCUGCUGCUGCUGACGAUAUUUUUAUGCACAGCAAUUGCACUGAAGACCAUUGCUGUCGUCCUCACUGCUUGUUUCAGCCUCUGUGCCACAUUACUAAGCAUUUUGGCUCAUAGGUCAUCAAAGUCGUUCUAUGGCUCAGACAUACGAAGCAAAACUGCUUGCAACACAGGCAUAUUCCUCAAAUACAAAAUCUAUCUAACUGAAUAAAAAUGCUUCAAAAUCCAUGUCUAGACCAGUUUAGAGUCAGCAUAGUGUUUACUAAAGCUAAAUAAUUCGUCUGAAACUUAUGUCUUUGUGUCAGUUCUGUGGAUUAAUCUAGAAGACUAUCUGUCCUUAAAAGUUUCAGCUCUGCAAAGUGAACUUCACUGCAGACAAGAAAUCCAAGGCAAAGCGAUCUCCUUUUCAAAAUUAAUGUAGUUAAAGGCAGACUUUAAGGGCAUCGAUAUUAAAGACUUCUGUCUUUACUAUUAAUGAGUACAUUGUUUAUUUUUACUCAAACUCUGUUUCUCCUCUUAAAUAUUGUGAGAACAUUUAACUAUGGCUUUGGACAUUUAAAAAAAAUCUCCAAGAUUUUAUCAUAUCUUAAUCUUCAAUCAUUUUUAAAUUAAACUCUAAAAGAAAUAACACUUUAAUACUCACCCACUGGGCACUUGUAUGUUAACAUAAAUAAAUAAUCCUGAAAUAUUAUUAAUCCUAUAAUAUAUUAUCCUGUUAUUCAAGCAAGUCCAAUAACUGUGACUGAAAAACAACAAACUCUAAACUUGCCCAAUGACUGCUAACUUUUGUACAUGUGAGAUUUUAAAGUUCCUGAAGGGAUACUUUUGUUCAUUUUUGACAUGUUUAUGUAAAAUAAGCACGGCAGAUAUUAAACAGUGUGGUGACUACUGAAGAUGUUUAGCUGAAUCUCAGUCUGAAAUUGCAAGCCAUGCAGUGGUACAGUCUGUCUCCAAUUUGCCUCAUUUGUUUGUUUGACGCCUUAUGGUUCUUAACUUCCAUCUCAAUACAACUGCUUCGAAAUUAUUACGAAACAAUGUUCACCUAAACUCGUGUAAAUAACCUAUUGUAUGUGCAUGGCAGAUUGUACUCCUGUUGCAUCAGAAGGGCUGCAAGGAUCAUCCUCACAUGAGCAAAUCAACAUAACCACUUACAUAUGCAUUAUAAAAGAUAAGCUGUAAAUACUGUAAAUGAUUAGUAUUAAAUUCCAUGCAAACGUUGCUAAGUCUGACCAACAAAAAGUAUUUUGUUCUUUGUUUUGUUUUGUUUUUCACAGUACACAGCUCACAAAGCAUGUGUUUAUUUGUGAUAUCCUCUGUUUUUAAUAUGAUGCACUUUUUAUCCAGGACCAGAGAUGUCUUCCACUGAGACUGACAUACACUUCUAAUAGAUCAGGCUGGAGAUUAAAACCUUCCACCUGACAAAACACCGAGAGCACAGGACCUUCUUAGGAUAAAACCUUAGAUAAACCAGAUCCUCUUUUUUUUUUAUUUGUUUGAGUUGUAUUACAGAACGAUUCUAUUAUAACUAAACUAUUUUGUCCAUAUCCAAAGCACAAUGUUUUUAUUACUAUUAUUUAUUUCAUUGGCCUAAAUUUUGGAUGCAAUAUAAAGUUUAGUAUUGAUGAGCUACAAGCUGAGACUAUCAAGAUAUCUCCUCGGUUGGGGUGGGGUAUAAUUGCACUGCUAUUGUUUAUAUGGAUGCUUUUUUUUUUUUUUUUGAUGCAAUAAAUGCACUCAAUGUCUGCCGUAUGUACCCCCAGCUGUGAUCCCAACAACGCUGCUGGUUUCAGACAACAGGACGAAAGCCGUCCGACAUUGUUUGAUGAUGAAAUGUGCUUGGUGUGUGUCUGUAAACGCCACACGAGAACGAGGGGGUAAAUAAAAAUGUUACAAUGACA